AUGGAGUCUGCUUUGACAGUUUUCGAGAGACCAGUUAAUGGGGUUGGAGCAAACAAUGCAGUACCAUUGAGAGAGACGCAGCAAGAGGAGAUAAAGAUGUCAGCUCCUGGAAGUAGAGGACACUGGACAGAGUCACAAGAUCUCAAACUCAAAGAGCUCGUGGAAGCUCACGGUCUUGAGAAUUGGGAUCUCAUUGCAAAGGAGAUGCAAACAAGAACACCUAAGAGUUGCAGAGUAAGGUGGUUUAACCAGGUUGAUCCAACGCUAAACAGGGCACCUUUCACUUUGGAGGAAGAAGAUAUAAUAAUAUCAACUCACAGUUACUAUGGCAACCAAUGGGCAAAGAUUGCAAAGCACCUCAAAGGAAGGUCAGAAAACGAUGUGAAGAAGCAUUGGAACCAUUAUGUGAACAGACCUGCAUGGAGAAGCCAUACUAAAACUAAGAAAAGUUUUUUCACUGCCACCCUCAAUCCAUAUGGCUACCAUGUUCCUGGUAAUCCGAGUUAUGAAGGUAUGCGAUAUGAGGAAACGACUAACCUCUCAGCUCAUCACCAACAGUUCCCUAUCUUCCCUGCAGGUGGCUCCUUGGCACCACUAUCCACACAGCUCUCAAUCUCCCAACCAUCACCAGCACCAGAAGCAGAAGAUGUAAUGAUCCGAAAAACCCCGAAGUUUAUCGAUUUUCUCGGGGUAGGAGAGUCUUCAAGAAACAACUUGUAA